AUGAGGCUUCAGGCGGACGUGCUGCGGUACAUGACCAAGGGGGAGUUUCGGGUGCUGACCGCCGUGGAAAUGGGAAUGAAGAACCACGAAUUUGUGUCCUCGGCGCUGAUUGAGCAAAUUGCAGGUCUUCGAAGACACUCCAUUCGCCAGAUCCUGAGCACUUUGCUCAAAAACAAGCUUGUUUUCCACAGCUCCAAGUCGUACGACGGGUACAAAAUGACCUAUUUAGGCUACGAUUACCUGGCUCUCAACGCCUUCGUCAAGAGAGGCCUCAUCAAAGGAGUUGGCGUCAGAGUUGGCGUCGGCAAAGAGUCCGACAUUCACGUUUGCGAAGGCACAGACGGGAAAGUGCUGAUCUUGAAGCUGCACCGGCUCGGUCGCAUUUCUUUCCGCUCCAUCAAGAAGAACCGGGACUACAUGCAGCACCGCAUGCACUGCAGCUGGCACUACCUCGCGCACUUAGCUGCAGUGCGCGAAUUCGCAUAUCUGAAGGCGCUGCACUCCCACGGCUUUCCGGUCCCAGAGCCAGUGGACAUGAACAGGCAUGCCGUGCUGAUGGAGUACAUCGACGCGAUCCCCCUCACUCAGGUGAGAGAACUUAAAGACCCUUUUGCGGUGCUCGAGAAGCUGAUGAAGCUCAUCGUGAGGCUUGCGCACUGCGGGCUGAUCCACGGGGAUUUCAACGAAUUCAACCUAAUGAUUGACGACGCGGGACACAUAACAAUGAUAGAUCUUCCUCAAAUGGUUUCAAUUUACCAUCGAAAUGCAGCAGCAUACUUUGACCGCGAUGUUCAGUGCAUAAAACGUCUAUUUGAACGGAAGUUUCUCGUCGAAGUUACCACAGUGCCGAAGUUCGAUGAAGUUGUUGAAGGACGCGGAACGAAGCUUUCCUCUGCUGCAGAUGGAACUCUGGAUGAUGGCCAUGCAGAAGGCGCUGCUGAUGGAGAAGAGUCUUCUUGCAAUUUGAUUUCCGUUUCUGACGACCUGGACGAGCACCAGGCGGAACUGCUGGAAGGCGCGCUGGCUGCACGGCGAAACAAUGAAACGGAGUCGAGUUGCUCGGAUGAGUCUGAGAUAGAAGACGAAGAGGAAAGCUGCGGCUCUGCGAAACCUCAGGAAAGCUCAGAGGAAGAAGCACAAGAAGAGGAGGAACAGUCGGCUUCAGAUGCGCAAGAUGAAUCGCCAAAACGGGAAUGCAAGUCGGAUGACGACAGCCAAGAAGCAAGCAGUGCCUCCGACAGCGAAGAGGCCAAGGAAGGCGCCACCCAGCCCUUGCCUCUCGAGGAGCAGCAGGCGCUGAUUCACUGCUGGCGCCCCACAGCCAGAAGCUUCACGCUGUUUUACAGACUUCUGCAACAGCAUGUCGCAGACUAG